AUAUAUCUUUUUCUCGGCCUUGAAACUGUCAUGGCUGAAACCGGUCAGCUCCGGUUCCCUGGAAACCUAGACCCGUCGGCACAAGAGUUUUGGCCGGCCACCAACGUUGUUUGCCAACCCCAAUUUCCUAUCUGUACACCUCCUCAACUUUACUACCCGUACGCUGCUGCAUCUCCGACGGUUCCGUUUUGCGACGUCGGCGUACCGCCGUUCCAUGCUGUAGUUCCACUACAUGCACCUGCACCUGUAACUGCACCAGCGUCUUACGUUGCACCGCAGCAGUCACUUCCUCCUCCGACGGCGGCGGCGACGAGGGCUUUGGUGCUGACGUUGGUUCCAUGCGAUGUGAGCGAGACGGAGUUGCGGAAAGAAUUGGAAGUGUUCGGGGAAGUACGCGGGGUCCAGAUGGAAAGGGUCCGAGAAGGAACCGUGACCGUACAUUUCUACGACCUGAGACAUGCUGAGAAAGCGUUGAAGGAGAUACGGGACCAGCACAAGCAACAGCAAACCAGGGUCGGGGACCAGAAUAUUGAAGCUUCUGCCGGGUUCGAGCCGUUCGACCCCAACGCUCGUGGACUCAUAGCAGGGAAACCCGUUUGGGCGCACUUCGUUAUUCCGGCGAGUAAUGCUGUUCCCGACGGGAUUAAUCAAGGAACUGUCGUGGUUUUCAAUUUGGACCCUUCCGUUUCAAUUUCGAAACUCAAAGAUAUUUUCCAAGCUUAUGGUCCAGUGAAGGAACUAAGAGAAACGCCAUUGAAGAAACGCCAAAAAUUUGUGGAGUUUUAUGAUGUAAGGGAUGCGGCUCAGGCAUUAAGAGAAAUGAAUGGAAAAGAAAUUAAUGGUAAACAAGUUGUACUCCAAUUCAGUCGGCCUGGUGGAUAUAGUAGGAAGUUCUUUAAUGGUGAUAUUAACGCUUUCACAUAUAAAUAUAAUCACCAUACAAGAAAUCCCAAGUACCCAUCUCCUCCUCCUGCCGCACCGCCGCCGCCAUCGUUUUUGGCUCACAGAUUUUUCUCGAUGCCUACUACGAAAGCGAUGAAUUCUAGUAAUGGAAACCCUACAGGGAAUAGCAACAUUAAGUUUUCUGUUGUUGAAAUGGCGGCAGGGGUUGAGGAUAAGGUUUGCAGCGGUGGGGGAGGUCCGAAGAAGACGGUAAAGAACCAAAAUAACCCAUUGACAGUGACUAGUAGUGAUGGAAGUAAGCAACAGCUGCAGCAGCAGUGUCGGGGCAGGCCAUGGAAAGGUAGACAAGCGAAAAAGUUCGAUCCUCAAUUCCUUAUAAGUGAACAUGCCAUGGUGGAAUCUAAUUGCAAAGAUUCCAGGACCACUGUCAUGAUCAAGAACAUACCCAACAAGUAUAGUCAGAAACUGUUGUUGAACAUGUUGGACAAUCACUGCAUCCAUUGCAACGAGCAAAUUGCCGCUGACGGCGGAAAUCAGCCCUUAUCUUCCUACGAUUUUGUCUACCUCCCUGUCGAUUUCAACAACAAGUGUAAUGUAGGGUAUGGAUUUGUGAACAUGACAUCUCCACAAGCAACAUGGAGGCUUUACAAAGCUUUUCAUCAUCAACAUUGGGAAGUUUUCAACUCCAGAAAGAUCUGUGAAGUUACUUAUGCCAGAGUUCAGGGAUUAGAGGCGUUGAAAGAACAUUUUAGAAACUCUAAGUUCCCAUGUGAAAUGGAUCACUAUCUUCCUGUAGUAUUUUCGCCGCCUCGAGACGGAAAACAACUGACUGAGCCACUUGCUAUAGUUGGUCAAAAGCAGCAGCAAUCCAUCGUCGGUGGUCCCUCGUCCGCCCAAUUCAACGGUGAAGGCGAUGAUGAUGAUGAUAAUAAUAACCAUAGUGUCGAUGAGGUUUAACGAAAUGCAAAUUCCGUUCGAAAGCCCUAAGUCUGCAUAGUGGCCGA